ACAAGGUUGGUAUAACAUUGAAUAACUAAAUAAUUUUUUUUCAAGCACCGUAGUAAGUGCAUUGGAGUUCCUUGCAGAUGACGGGGACGCAAAAGCUGCUGCCUACUUAUUAUCGGUUUCAACUUUUGAAUUUGUAAUCACUCUAGUGACGACGGAACAUUGUAUCAAGUCGCUUGUGCAGCUGUCUGAAAACUUACAGGAGAAAACGUGUGAUCUUCUAAAAGCUUCACAAGAGGCUAAGACUCAGAAAGUAAUGCUUCAGAACGAGAGAAAUGAUAUAACUGUAUGGGAAGCAUUGUAUGAUAAAGCUGUGAAUAUAGCAAGGACUGUGGGGGUUGAACCCAGUAUGCCCAGAAGUAACGGUCGUCAACGAAAUCGCCCAAAUGUUCCAGCAGAUACACCCUCAGAGUUUUGGCGAUUGAACAUGUACCUCCCGUUCACAGAUCAUUUAAUAACAGACCUGUCGGAUCGAUUACUGCAAGCGAACGAGAGAUACCUCGCCCAGAAUCUUAUUCCAUCUCAAAUUCAGAAGGAAGCCAUAAACACAACCAAUAUAGUGCGUCUGUAUGAAGCAUAUAGAGGUUGUCUAGGGGGUACGGACGAAGCUACCUUUAGCAGGGAAGUGAGGAAGUGGGUUACAUGGUGGACAGAUGGGGCACUUGCGUUGGACCGUCCACAAGCUCCUGAGACACUUCUAGGAACAUUACCACUGGCUAAUGAGCAGUACUAUCCCAAUGUCCGUCGUUGUUUGUUAGUACUGCUCACUAUGCCAGUGUCUACGGCUACAGCUGAACGAUCAUUCAGCACCAUGAAGAGAUUGAAAACAUACUUAAGAUCUACCAUGACUACAGAGCGGCUGUCUGGGCUUGGCCUAAUGAAUAUUUACAGAGACAUGAAAAUUGACUACUAA